AUGGAUUUUUAUCGAGUGAACGCAAUCGAAAAUUGGAUGUGUGCGAAUUUACUGGAAUAUUAUCGUUCGAAUACGAAAUACAAAGACAGGAAGCAAAUUUUGGACCGCAUUAAAAAAGACUUUCAAGGAAUGGAAGAUUCUAAUUCAUUUGAUGCAAAUUCAAAUCAAGAUUGUGAACGUGCAAAAAUCGGGUAUCUGCAAGUAAAGCAGAUAAAUUUACUUGCAACUGGGAGUGGCGCUACGUACAACGACAAUCGCAUAGCUUCAGGAAAACGUUGUCGAGAUGCAAAUGGCGAAGAGACUAAUACAAAAAAGGGAAAUAAUAUUUACAAUAAUGACGAUCCUAAUGAAAUAAUAGAAUUUAAAUAUAAUGAACUAGAAGAAUUAGAACAGCAAAUAAUGUCCAGUUCAUUAAGCGAGGUAUACAGCAUCCUUAAUUCGAAUCCAUACAAAAUUACACAACCCAUUUUAACGGAUUCACUCUUAACCAGUUUAUAUAAAGCCACAAAUGACUUUUCACUUGGUCUAAAUUAUAACCUUAUAUUGAAUAACGAUGGCGAAUUAGGAGAAAAAGCUAGUCGUAUAUUUAAUUAUAUUAAAGAUGAGCUUCCACUAUCAUCAAAACGAAAAGAAACUGAGAUUAAGCACUGUGUAUAUUACUUAGAUCCGUUUAUAAAACUUAUUUUUGGUGGAGAGUACGCACCUUACAACCUGGAAUUAAAUAAAAGCGUGAGUGGAAAACAAAGACCGGAUUUUAGCUGUGUAGUUGAUGAUAUUGCGAUAUUAAACUCCGAGAUCAAGCCUUUGGGGUUCACUCAAUUGAAGAAAGAUCAAGACUUUGUAAAAGUACAUAUUAAAGGAAAAACAUCAAUUAACAAAUUACUAGAGAAGGGAGGACCUAACCAAUCAGUGGCUUUUUUGAAUAUGG